AUGUUUAGAAACAGCGACGACGAUGAUACCCCAGUGACUUGCCCUGUCCAUUCUUUAGAUCAAAAUGCCAAGGAGAAUUUCACCGGCAGCCUCUCUUUCUACCAGCUGAGCAUGAUCAUUGCUGGAACCUGUUCCGCUUUGGCUAUGAUCACCAUGUUUACCGUCAAGCAACUCCACGCGACGCACCUUUCCAACCCCUCAGAACAAGUCAAGAUCAUGCGAGUCGGCAAUCUCAUUUCAGCAUUUGCAUUGAUCUCAUUCCUCUCCAUCUGCUUCCCAUCUGCGGCAGUCUACAUCCAGCCUUGGCUCCACGUAUUUGAAGGUUUUGCUUUGGGGUCAUUCUUCUUGCUUCUCUGCGACUACGUAUCGCCCCAUCGAGACCAGCGGGAUGUCUUUUUCGCGACUAAGAGGAAGAACGGAAUGAAGUGGUUCAAGACUCGCUGGACUAUGAUUUUCCAAAUGCCUGUCAUCGCUGUCGGUGUCGCCAUCGCCACAGACAUUACCGAGGCCGCCGGCGUUUUCUGCGAAUGGAGCAAUGCCCGCCAAUUUGCCAACAUUUAUCUGCGCGUUAUCAUGAGCAUCUCUCUCGUGGUAUCCGUCCUUGCAAUUCUCCAGAUGUACAUGCUUCUCAAGAAGGACCUUGCGCAUCAUUCUCCGAUGCUCAAGCUCACUGCUUUCAAGAUGGUCGUCGGAAUGACCUUUCUCCAAGAGAUCAUCUUCAUAAUCCUUAGUGACCGAAACAUCCUCGAGCCCACUAACCAACUCACCUACGCUGAUGUUCACAUUGGUAUCCCUAACCUGGUCAUCUGCAUCGAGAUGGUUCCCUUGGCUCUCUUUUUCAGCUUCGCCUAUCCUUGGAAGGUGUACCAGCACGGCCAUGGCCGUGGAACCUUUGCUAAGCUGGAGGAGGCUGACAAGCCGGAGCUUUCCUAUCAAGGCGGUCCUUUCGGUAUUUACGCUUGGCUCGCGAUGCUGAACCCAUCCGACUCUCUCAAGGCGAUUUUGUUCAUUGUUAGAGGGGAUGACCGCCGUGAGCCUAGUGGUACUUCUGUUGCCAUGAGAGGAUAUAACUCGGAUGACGGUCUGGUUGCGCAUCCUUAUAAUGCGCAGUCCUACUCCAGCCCUCACACGAACCAAAGAGAGUAG